GCAGACCAACGGGAUCACUAUUUAACUAUUAGUUCAGUUUUCAAAUAUCAUAUGGACUUGUGAUUUUUUUUAAAUUAUAUUCAUACCAAUAUAUAUGGUAGUUAUUAUCUUUUAAUCAUGUUGAAAAGUUAUGGGAAGAAAACGGCUAUCCCUUUAGCAAGUGCAGGUUUCAUGUGCCUGCUGUUGGUCCUGGUUGCCGCGCAGCACCACAGAGUUCAGGUGAAUGAUGAGCCAGAUUUGAAAGAGAUUGGGACGCGCUCACUCCAAAGUCUUGACAGUUUUGCUACGGAGUCAGACGUAGUCCAAGAGGAUGAGAAUCACGACAAGACUGAUUCACAGGCAAAGAAAGGAUUCUCCGCGUACUUUUCCAAGUUAUCUCGUGGACGGAGAGAAGCGGAGAAUCCUACAUCCUCAGCUGGUUCAGCGACAGACGCAACUCCCGCUGAGGACAUCAGCGCAGAAGACAUCUUCAUUGCUGUCAAGACUACAAAGAAGUUUCACCAGUCUCGACUGAACCUUCUCCUGGAUACUUGGGUCUCCAGAAACGUGCAGCAGACUUACAUCUUCACCGAUGGAGAGGAUGAAGAGCUAAAGAAGAAAAUUGGGAGCCAUGCCAUCAACACCAACUGUUCUGCAGCUCACAGUCGUCAGGCUCUGUCUUGUAAGAUGGCCGUGGAGUACGACAAGUUCAUAGAGUCUGGGAAAAAGUGGUUCUGUCAUGUGGAUGAUGACAACUAUGUGAACGUUCGGGCCCUGGUGAAGCUGCUGUCACAGUACCCACACACCCAGGAUAUGUACAUCGGCAAGCCCAGCUUGGACAGGCCCAUUGAGGCCACGGAAAGGCUGGGGGAAAACAAGAUGAGACCCGUCAAUUUCUGGUUCGCUACUGGAGGAGCUGGCUUCUGUGUGAGUCGGGGCCUGGCUUUGAAGAUGAGCCCUUGGGCGAGUGGCGGUCACUUCAUGAACACUGCAGAGAAGAUCCGUCUGCCGGACGAUUGCACCAUCGGCUACAUCAUCGAGUCGGUGCUGGGGGUUCCUCUCACCCGCAGUAGCCUGUUCCACUCGCACCUCGAGAACCUACAACAGGUGUCCAAAACGGAACUUCACAAACAGAUUACAUUAAGUUAUGGAAUGUUUGAGAACAAAAGGAACAUCAUUAAUAUGAAAGGGGCAUUUCCUGUCGAGGAGGACCCAUCAAGGUUUAAGUCAGUGCACUGUUUGCUGUACCCUGACACUCCCUGGUGCCCCCCCCAGGUUGCCUACUAGGGUGACCGGCUCCUUUCGUAUCCUCGUCCCCAUUAUGCCUCGGUAUCUGAAAGGCUCAUGGGGACCAUUGUUUGGUAUUAGACCGUCGCGCCACUGUGUUGUUGCUGCAGUGGCACACGGCCUUUUCUAGUUUUACUGGGCUGCUGUGCGGCCCGCUUUGGGACACUUCCUUCCUGUCUGGUGCCUGAGCUUCCUGUCCCGUCAUAGGGACUGAGGAGCCAGCCACUCAGAGGGAAGGAGCUUUCAGCAUUGAGCUUUGCAGGCAAUCAGUUGUGCUUUGUGUUGUAAAUGUUGCUUGUAAAUGUAUUUGCAAUUCUCAUAGAAUGUACACUUAUAUAUCAAGCCUUUUGCCAGCUUUACACAAAUGAUUAGAAUUGUAUGAUUGAUUGUUGGUUCUUUUUGUUCAAUUUCUUUUUUUAGAGUCUUGAAAGCCAUGCAGGAUUUUAUAGACUGUAUGAGUAAACACACACGUUCAGGAUUGUAGAGAUUGGGGAGUAAUAUUUUCUGAUUUGUGUUGUAUUUUUUGUAUUUUUUUUAUUCCUUUUGAUUUUUUCCUUAAAAGACUCCGGACAAAAUUAUCAAUAUGAAGAUAUUAAUGUGCUUUUCGUUAUGGUUAUGUCAGUGUUAUUACUACUAUGAUUUGAGCUGGCAGUUGGUUUACCGAAUGUACCCUCAGGUCAGGUUAUCUAACCUGAAGUAUAUCGGGAUUAAGCACUUUUCCCUUUUUGAUAGUUUAAAUGAGUGAUAUGACAGAUUUUAUGAC